GGCAUUGUCCAAAAGCCCCCAUUAAAGUUUUGCCAUUCGCCAACUUAGCUUUCAAAAUCCAACCCCCAAAUUUUGAAAACGCAUUAUAAAUAAUCCAAUCCAAUCCAAAUUCCACAAAUUUUGGAAACCCAUAUCUUCAAUUCGCAAUCCAAUUGGCGAGAAGAAGAUGAUGAGCUUGUGAUAACCCGAUUAGGGUUUUAGCGACUUCGAUAAUCCAAUGCGGUUGUUCCCUUUGAACUCGAGCCCGAGCUCGAGCUCUAGCUCUAGCGUAGAGAAGGAGCAGCAGACUGAUCGGAAAAGGACUCGCGCCCAUUUGUACCUCAAUGUCUACGAUCUCACCCCUGUAAAUAACUAUCUUUACUGGUUCGGAUUUGGGGUCUUCCACUCUGGCAUCGAAGUGCAUGGCAUGGAGUAUGGCUUUGGAGCCCAUGAGUAUCCUAGCAGUGGAGUUUUUGAGGUCGAACCAAGAAGUUGCCCUGGCUUCAUAUUCAGAAGGUCUGUCCUGCUGGGCAGCACUGAUAUGUCUCGUACAGAAUUACGCUCAUUUAUGGAACAGCUUUCUGGAAAGUAUCAUGGCGAUACCUAUCAUUUAAUUGCCAAGAAUUGCAACCAUUUCACUGAUGAAGUCUGUUUGCGGCUAACUGGAAAACCUAUCCCUGGAUGGGUAAACCGGCUGGCACGAGUAGUUUCAGGUUCCUUCUGUAAUUGUCUUCUGCCAGAAAACAUUCAAUUAUCAGCAGUCAGACAUCUUCCUGAUCAUCCGCCAUAUUCUGAAGAUGAUGAUGAUGAUGGAUCAGAGUCAAUUGCUUCAUCUGGAACAGGAAGUGAUGAGGAUUCAAAUCAUCACCUGCUGAAUGCACCAAUCGGGGAUGUAGCUUUCGUGAAGGAAACACCAGUAAGGUUAGCAAGGGAGCUCAUGUAACUCCCAUCGUUAUUUGUGUGGCAUGUCUCUUUGUGUGCCCUUGUAGUCUAUGAUUCUAAAUGUACCACUAAAACAUGUCUCAUUUAUUUGAGCAUUCCCAAUCUCAGGGAUAGUUCCUUGAUUCUUAUAAAAAAAAAAAGGGCGAUAGUUUGCUUGAUGGUGCUCGAGAUUUUCUGCUGCCUGUAUUGUUCUGAAAUAUAUGUGAAUGCUCCAACUUAUAUCCAAACUACCAUGCAUUAUUAUGCAGUUGUUGCAUUAUCA